UCGGUCACUAACUGUCAGGGCUCAGUUACCUGAGGGCAGCAGUGCGAUUGGACAUUAGUACUUUCUAGAGGGAAGAGAUGGAGAAUUAUCUCUUCCCUCAGGAAUUCCUUACUGAUGGUUGGCUGAGCCCCAGUCCCACUCUCUGGGCCGUUAAUGCCAUCUUUGCCUUUGUGUGUGGACUGGGGCUCUUCGUCUUUUUACUUUCCUACUUCCACCCUGAUCCGUCCUCACCACAAGGCAAGAAACACAAGAAGAGCGGGAAGUACCAAGUGGAGCCACGGAGAAGGAGCAACAGAAGCAAAAAAUAUCAGACCGCGAAAGGUGAGUGUCCGCCACUCACCCCUGCGUGCCCCAGUUACACUGUGUCCCCCGCUCUGAAGGCCCAGUCCCACUGUCUCCAGGACACCAGGGCCUGAGCCCAUCCCUCAGGAAACAGAGCCCUGGGUGGGGGUUGGGGGCUCUGAGGAGGGAGAGUGAACCCGGAG